AUGACGUCACCGACGCAGACAUCAAAUUCCGGCGGAUUGGGAUCGUUGAGGCUGACAAGCAGUUUGGCGGCUGCUGUUUUGAGUGGUGUUGGUCAUCCUCCUCUGCCGGGAAUGUUCAAAUGGGACGCUGCAAAAUUUGAGGAGGAAAUUAAAAGAGAAAAAAGAAUACGCCGGAAACAGAAGGUCAUCGAGAAGGAGCAAGAGAAGGCCGACAAAAUAAAAUAUUCGAGAAUGAAAGACGUCUACAUUAACAGAACCGUCGACUUCAUCCGCAGCCAGAUCUACUACUACAACAACAGGAGCAAGAAGAUCAGCAAGCACCACGUCCUCAGUUACAACAUCAACAUGCAAAACAAUCUCAACUCAACACGCUUCGUCCAGUACCACAACGAUCAACUCAUUACGGAGAUCGAGAAUCUUUCUUAUGAUAUGCUUUUCAACAUUUUUUUGAACUUUCAAGAAAAUGUGACCGAAGCUGUAAAGUCAGGAGGGUGGGACGGGAAAGAUGAAACAACCAUAAAAAUAAGCCAAAACCUACUCUACCAACUGAACCGGCCAGUAUUAACAUAUGAACAAACAUCAAUUAUCUAA